UUUUGACAUUUACUGAUAAAUUGCUUGCUGCUUGUUAACAAAAUUAAUGAUAAUAGUUUUAAUAAAUUGUACCUAAUUCAUGAGAUGUGCUCCCAUUGCAAAACUAUUGUUCAUAAGUUCCUACAAGUACAAUAAUCAUAGAUCAAUAUCGAAAUGUUACGAAACUCUAUCAAACCACACGUUUUGAUACCAAAGUGUCACGAGCUCCAAAGAUGUGCAUAUUCCAGUAAGCUGGAUGCCAUAAGAGAGAAGCUGCGGGAAGGUCCAGGCUUGUCAGACUUUGUAUCUGAGGACAGGCCUAAGACCUGGGACGACUAUGAGGGCAAGUUGAAGAGGGAAAGAGGGGAGUCAGAGAGGCUGAGGCUGCCACCGUGGCUCAAGACCUCUAUACCUACAGGUUCAAAAUUCAGUGCACUAAAGAAACAAUUGCGCAGUCUCAAGCUCAGUACAGUGUGUGAGGAAGCUAGGUGCCCCAACAUUGGUGAAUGCUGGAGCGGGGGCAAGAAUGGCACCUCCACUGCUACUAUUAUGUUGAUGGGCGACACGUGCACGCGAGGGUGUAUGUUCUGUUCCGUGAAGACUUCCAGAGCACCUCCUCCGUUAGACCCUGACGAGCCUCGGAACACUGGCAAAGCUAUACAUGAGUGGGGAUUAGGGUAUAUUGUGCUCACAUCUGUUGAUAGAGAUGAUUUGCCUGACGGCGGUUCAUCACAUUUCGCUGAAACUGUUCGGGAAAUUAAGAGACAGAGUAAAGAAAUACUGGUGGAAUGUUUAGUACCGGACUUCCGUGGCAACCGCGAUUCUAUAGAAACCAUAGCCACGUGUGGCUUGGACGUGUUCGCGCACAACAUCGAGACCGUGGAACGACUUACGCCCUUCGUAAGGGACAAAAGGGCUGGAUACAGACAAACACUCAAAGUGUUGGCGACUGCGAAGGAGAUCAACCCAGACCUGAUCACCAAGUCCUCAAUCAUGCUGGGCUUAGGAGAAACCGACCAGCAGGUCCAACAGACUAUGAAAGAUCUAAGAUCUGUAGGCGUGGACUGCGUAACCCUGGGCCAGUACAUGCAACCUACCAAACGACAUUUGAAAGUGCACGAGUACGUAACUCCAGCCAAGUUCAAGCAAUGGGAGGACUACGGAAACCAGCUCGGCUUUCUGUACACCGCCAGCGGACCGCUAGUCAGGUCCUCAUACAGAGCGGGGGAGUUCUUCAUCGCCAGUCUGCUGAGGGACAGGAAGGCCAAGAGCUUAUGAUACGAGACGAAAGAAAAUGUUACUAAUACUCAUUAGAAAAUAUGUGAUCAUCGUCAUCAACCUAUAGUAGGCGUCUACGACUGGACAUAGGUCUCUUGCAGGAACUUCCACACGCCGCGGUCCGGGUUAAUCUCGUCAGCGGAAUCUUACGUCUAAGUAAAGUCAAAGUGCCCUCUAUAGAUCUCAACCUUAGAGCUGCGUGCCCGAAGUCGAACCACGGACCCCGGAGAUAGUAAACAUUAUAAAAAUUCGCGCUCGUGAACUGAAAAUUGAUUGAAAUUGAUUGGAAAUAAAUUUAAAGUAUCCCUGAAAUAAAUUUUUGUAUGUCAAAGUGCGAUUAGUUUAACAAUAAUAAAAUUAUUAUACACUUUAGUAAUGUACAGCUUUUAUAGAUUAGGCUAUUUGCUAGUAAAUGUAAAUAGUUUUAAAAAUCUUAUUUCUUAAUACACAAUAUUGUAAGUAAAAAGUAAGAAAAUAUUCUUUAUUGUACACCAAAGCAUAAAGAAAUAUGUAUAACAAAAUAGAUGUUUGUUCAGUAGGCAAUACAAUUAGUUUGUACAGUAAAAUUGUAUAUUUGUGUACAUAACAAAAUAAUAUAUAGAUUUCAUUAUAUAUUAUAUAGUUAUUUUAAAUUAUUUGUUAUAGUGUUUUAGCUACACUCAAGGAAAAUUAUUUACUAUGGUAAUAUUUAAAAAAGUAAACCAAUAGGUACUUGAAUAUUAUAAAUAGAGCAU